GUGAGGAAAGGUCGGCAGAUGGCGCUCUCCAGCCAACGCUGCAACCGAGCUUUUGUUUUUGUGGUUCGUCACUUCCGGGUGUGCGAUGGCAUGACAGCAGUGGGUCAAGAGUGUGAGGAAACCCAGCUGAUUCUUUUUGACAGGUGAUGGGGGCAGACAGCGGUCCGGGAGCUCCUGCAGCUGUCCCGUGGCGUAAAGUGCUGUACGAACGCCAGCCUUUCCCAGACAACUACGUGGACCGGCGUUUUCUGGAGGAGCUGCGGCGCAACAUCCGUGUCCGUCAGUACCGCUACUGGGCGGUAGUGCGAGAGACGGGGCUCAUCGCACAGCAGGUGUCCUGCGUGGCUGUCGUUCUCACAUUAUGGUCUUAUAUGGAGCAGGGAGACCUGGAGCCAUCCGUGGUGUUGUGGGUCUGUCUGGGCUGUGCUCUGCUGGGCUACGGCCUCUACGAGAUCCUGGGAGACGCUUGUGUUCGGGAGCGCACACGCCUGGCUGACCUGCAGAGCGCCACCAUCUUCCUGGCAUUUACCUUUGGGUUCUCUCCUGUGUUAAAGACUCUGACCGAGUCGGUUAGUACGGAUACUGUGUACGCCAUGUCAGCCGUGAUGCUCCUGGCUCACUUGGUGUCCUUCCCGUACGCUCAGCCCAGUCCGCCGGGCAGUCUAUCCCUCAACGCGGCUCUUUUCGGGUCGGUGUGCCUGGCGUCCCGGCUGCCCGGCGCCCUGCAUACCUUCACCAUGCUGAGCUGCGCCCUCCUGGUGUUCGCUCUCUGGCCCUGCCUGCUGCACCGCAUGCGGGAGAAGGCGGAGUGGAGCUUCCCGUGGGCAGCGGUGCUGGUGUGUCUGGCUGGAGUCGGGGGUCUGGGUAGCCUGUGGCCCGAGGGGGCGCUGCUUCUCUCUCUGGCUCUGAUAACGUUAACAUUACUCUGUCCGCUGUUACUAGUCCUCCUGCAGAGGCACAAGGACAAUAUCCACGGUCCUUGGGACGAGGCGGAGAUCAGAGAGGACCUGUCCCGCUUCCUGAACUGAAACUGUCUACGGGAUUUAAAAGGACAGUUCACCCAAAAACGAAAAUCCUGUCAUCAUUUAGUCACCCUCAAGUUGUUUCAAAACUGUAUGAAUUUCUUUCUUGUGCCGAACACAAAAGAAGAUAUUUUAAAGAACCGAACACUUGAUUUGACUUGCAUUGUAUGGAAAAAAUAUUAUGGAAGUCAAUGGGGACCAUCAACUGUUUGGUUACCAACAUUCUUCAAAAUAUCUUCUUUUGUGUUCAGCAGAAGAGAGAAAUUCAGACCGGCUUGGAACAACUUAAGGGUGAGUAAAUGAUGACAGAAUUUUCAUUUUUGGGUGAACUAUCCCUUUAAAGUCUGUUUUAAAUGCUUCUGAGAGUCUUUUGCACUUUGAUUAAAGGGAUAGUUAACUCAUUUACUCUCUUUUAUGUCUUUCCAAACCUGUUUUUUUGUUCCACAGAAGAAAAGUCGCACAGGUUUUGAUCGACAUGAUGACAGAAAUAAUGACAGAAUUUUUGUUUGUGUGUGAACUAUCCCUUUAAGCUCAGGGAUGAAUAAGAACUGUUAUUGGGAAAUUAUAUCUCAUUUUGCCAAUGUUAAACUUAACUAUUAAAUGAGUGAACCUCAUUAAAACAUGUCUAGGUCACAUUAAAUGAAAUAUGAAUUUAUGUUUUACUUAAAGUCUAAGGCAAAUAAAUAAUUCCCGCACACAGCUAUAGCUUGCACAUUGUAUUUUAAUGCUACGUUACAGUCACGUGACCUUCAUCGGUCACCGUUUUGGUGCCUGAUAAAGAUUGCAUGAAUGAAAUGUUGUGUUAAAAUAUGAUUCGCAAGCUAGUGCAGUGUUCUUCUGUUUAUUCAUACGCACAUGCUUAUAGGAUUUACAAAAGUCCUAAAAAAAGAUUUCGAAAAACUUAAUUUUUAUAAGCCAAAAUAUAUCAUUUUAGUGUUUGAUCCAGACAUGUUUUCUGAUAUUGGGAGUAGGGAGGUUUUUAACAGUAUUUAUAUAAAUGUAUAUAUUGCCAAAUUGCUAAAUGGUUUUUAAAAUACUACAAUUUUAACACACUGUAUUGGAAAUAAAUGUUGUUUUUAAACAAUGUUGAACAUAUAUAAUUAUAAUUGUUACAAGCCCUUUAGAUUUACUUAAAUGAAGGUGACAGAAAAUCCAUUUACUGUGCAAUUGUUGAAAUUGUUGUGGACAAACUGUUGACCACAAGAUGUCAGUCCUCUAUCAGUCCCAGGCAUUGGUGCAGCGUUCAUGUUUUGUUCAUCUGAAUCAGCACAGCAGCAGUCGGCAAAACAUUUCUGCCAGUGUUCAGUUGAAAGAAUGUACAGUAAUAAGCCUUUUUUAAUUGUCAUUUAUAACUGACAGAAUGAGAGCUUAUAUAUGAACAUUCUGUUGUGACAUUGCAAUAAAGCUGCCAAAUUAAA